CGGCUCUGGAACCGACCGACAGCGACAACCAACACUUGCAGCAGCGAUGAACGACUAGCCCAGGCCUAGGAACCCAACGAAUAGCGCCUUACCACAGUAGGCGCAACUCCAUUCUCAACACUUCCCAACAACUUUGCGAUCAAUCAGAUAGCUACCUCUACGCCAUGAUACAGCAGACCCGGCUCCAAUCAACAUGACGCAGGUCCCGCCGGAGACAGGCGACUCUUCCACGGCAAACACCACGGCCGACACCACGCCCGCCACCACCAUCGUGACGUCUCCCAGGGCGCGGCCCAAGCGAUCCAUUGGCAGCACCAUUGGCACCACGACUCCCUCGACGGCGACGGCGACAGGAACGGGAACGGGCACAGAUUUAGAGGAAGGGUCUGAGGACGAUGGGGACCGCCAGGAUGAAGAAACCGAGGAUGACGACGAGGAAGACGACGACGACGAGGAGGACGAGGACGAGGAACCAAGACUCAAAUAUGCCCGACUGACCCAACACCUCGGGCCCCUGUAUCGCAAUGGCGACGCGACAAGCGCCUUCUUGACGGCUGGCGACAAGAUGAUAGUAGGAACGCAUAACGGCAACAUCCACGUUCUCCAACUGCCCGCCUUCCAGUCCCUACGCGUCUACCACGCCCACGGCGCCUCCGUCACCAGCCUCUCCAUCUCGCCCUACCCACCACCUCUCCCUACCUUCGACCCGAAACCUCUCACCCGAGUCUUCUCCCAGACAAACAGCCCUUUGCGCCCGGGAAGCGCCUCCGCCGAGAGCCACCACCAGACUAACCCCGCCUCCGCCGCUCGCAAACGAGACGCCCAAGCCCAUGGAGUCCCCAACACCCCCUCCAACAGCAUCCACAUCGCGACAUCCUCUAUGGACGGCAACAUCUGCGUCCAGUCUCUGACCGAUGUCAAGGACGUCACCCUCCGCAACUUUGCCCGACCUGUACAAGCCGUCGCCCUCUCCCCCGAUUACAAGAACGACAGGACCUAUCUGUCUGGUGGUCUAGCCGGACAGCUCAUCCUGACUGUCGGCGCGCCACAGGGCAAGAGUACGGCCACUACGACAGGAGCCGCUGCUCAGGCAGCAGGAUGGCUCGGAAACAUGGUGGGCGCAGGGUCCGGCAAGGAUACCGUUUUGCACUCGGGUGAGGGUACCAUCAAUACCAUCAAGUGGUCCCUGUCGGGGAAAUAUGUUGUUUGGUUGAAUGAGCAUGGUAUCAAAAUCAUGCGGACGAAGCUCCAUCUCGAAAGUGCCGAUCAAGAAGAUGCAUGGAAACGAAUCGGCCACAUUGAUCGGCCGCAAACAGACGAGUGGGAUACCAUGGCCAGCGUCUGGAAAGGCCGUGCCGAGUGGAUUGACGAGCAGUCCAUCGAGCCUGAUGAACCGGGCAAGGGUCAAAAAGAGGUGCCGGCUUCGCCUGCGGCUGCUAUCUUGAAGCAACAACACCAAAGGACUGAGAAGAAGAUUGAGAGAUUGGUUGUAGGAUGGGGAGGCACAAUCUGGUUCAUUCACGUUCAUCCCGGUGGCAUGGGCGUCGGCAAACACGCUGGGGAAAGGUCCGCUGGACGGGCAGAGAUUGUAAAGCUACUUCGAAUGGAUUGCAUCAUUUCCGGCAUCUCGCUGUAUACCCAAAACUUAUUACUAGUGCUCGCAUACUGCUUACCAGACGAAGACGAAGACUCGGGUCAUAAACACACCGCAUCAAUAGCAUCUGGAGGAAGCCAGCCAUCAGGAGGGAUCAAGCGCAGACAAAACAACCCACCACCAGAACUACGCCUCAUCGACCUUACCUCCCAAGCCCAGGUUGACGAGGACGGAUUGAGCGUCAGCCGCUUCGAACGCUUGACUGCUAGUGACUACCACCUCGGCGUUCUUCCGGCUCGCAAUGUAGCCGCCACUGCAGCCAGCAAAGGCACCUUGGAGACUUUGGCUGGCUUCGGUACCGACAUGCUCAACGUUGGUCUGACCGGACUCAAUGUUGCGCUGAACCCCAAGUCCCUCUUCAGCUCAAGCGCCAGCAUCAAGAGCAGGGAGAGCGACGAGACCCCGUCCAACUACAUGGGGAGUAUCAACUCGGCAUUGAAGGGCGGACUCCGUACUGCUAUCCAUCCAAACCUCAACAAACCAGGCAUCAAGAUCUUCAUCCACAGCCCGUACGACUGCAUCUUGGCAACAAAGAGAGACUUGGCCGAUCACCUUGGAUGGUUGCUAGAACGCCAGCAGUACAGACAAGCAUGGGAAUUGGUCGACGAACAUCCCGAGAUUGUAUCUGCGACUGACCGGGCAUCCGAACUAGGCGGUUCCGAAACUCCCGACCGAACCCAAAGCGAUGAUUUUUACGACGAGACCUCCUCCGUCAUCGACGGCAUGCGCAGCCACCACUCGCUCGCCGAAAAGGAAAAACGGCGCAUCGGCGAACUCUGGAUCCAAGAACUAGUCGAAGCAAACGACUGGACUCAAGCCGGCCAGAUCUGCGGCAAAGUCCUCGGCACCCCCGACCGCUGGGAGAAAUGGGUCUGGACUUUUGCCGGCGCCAACAAGUUUGAUGAGAUUGUCAACUACAUUCCCACCGAGCGAACACGACCACCCAUCCCCGGAACCAUCUACGAAGUCGUGCUGGGCCAUUACCUCCAGGUUAGCAAGCCUCGGUUCAGAGAGCUGCUGGAACGGUGGCCGUCCGACUUGUUUGACGUUGGCACCAUCACCACUGCUUUGGAGAACCAGCUCAAGUACCGCGAUGUCCGAGAAGACAGCGUUGAGGAUGGUGAAGUAGGACGGGACUGGCGCAUCGUCAUGGAGAGUCUGGCCAAGUUGCACGAGGCUAGCGGGCGGACCAAGGAGGCGCUCAGAUGUUACAUCAAGUUACAGGAUGCGGAUUCGGCGAUGCGACUGAUCAAAGAUGCGCAUCUGGCCGAGGCGGUGGCGGAUGAUAUUCCCAGCUUCAUCGGACUUCGCGUGCCGCAGGACAAGCUCCUCAAGAUGUCGAAGGAAGAUCUCGAGCAGGCUACUAGUGAGGCCAUCUCGCUGUUGGUCGAUGAGGCGCAGCAUGGUUUGGUGAAGCCGGACCUUGUAGUGUCGCAGUUGCAGGAGAAGGACUUGAAGCUCUACACCUUCUUCUACUUGCGAGGUCUCUGGCGUGGGCAGGGCAUCCACGAACACACCCAUGAGUCCCUAGCCCGUCUGGUCCUCGACAGCCGCACCAUGGUGGACCAGUUUGCCGACUUGGCCGUCCACCUCUUUGCCAUCUACGAUCAACCACUGCUCAACCAGUUCUUGAGGACAUCCACAGCUUAUGCCUUUGAGAAGGCCGCCCAAGAAUGCGAAACCCGCAACUACAUCCCCGAGCUCGUCUACCUCUACUCCAAGACCGGCCAGAUGAAACGAGCGCUCUACCUCAUCAUCGAGCGCCUCGGUGACGUCUCCCGCGCCAUCGCCUUCGCCAAGGAACAAGACGACCCCGACCUCUGGGAAGAUCUGCUCGAGUACUCCAUGGACAAACCCAAGUUCAUCCGCGCCCUGCUCGAGGAGGUGGGAACGGCCAUUAACCCCAUUACGCUCGUCAGACGGAUACCCGAGGGAUUGCAGAUUCCCGGGCUGAGAGAAGGGAUCAGGCAUAUCAUGAAGGAGCAUGAGAUUCAGUAUUCUAUCUCGGAAGGCGUCAGCCGCGUGCUCAGAAGCGAGGUCGCAGCGGCUAUGAACACGCUGCGGAACGGGCAGCGCAAAGGCGUCAAAUUUGAGGUCGGCGUUAAAGCAGGAGGUGAACACGUUGACGUCCAGCCGACCGACAUCCCUACGCAACCCGUAACCGAGAAACCUUCCUCCUCUGGCAUCGCCUCCCCCGCCGCUCCAUCCCAGCAGCCACCACCAACCCCGUCAACACCAACCCACCGCCGCCUCAAACCCGCUGCGAAGAAGUACCAAGCAGGCCACUGCGCCCAAUGUCUCUCUCCCUUCACCACAUACGAGACCGACACGCUGGUCGGCUUCGCUUGCGGACACGUCUUCCACUUGCCACAUCUACUUGAAGCAUUGAAUCCGGGAAAGACGGUGGAUGCCGACGUGUUGUUGGGAGGUAUGGGAGCUGAGGAAAGGAGCGCGCAUUUGGUUGGGGCGAAGGUGACGCAUGCUCGGUUGUUGAGGGAUCGGAUUCUUGGGGGUUGUGUUGUUUGCAAGGCUGCCAAGGAGGAGGAGGGGGAUGGAAGAUGAUGUAAGCGCGUUCUGGAGGAAAAGGAGAAG